CCAAGUGAGCCGCCAUACUCUUUCGACUGCGACUGUACUUCCGCAUACGUUUUCGGCUUACCGCCCCAUCGUCACACAAUUAUUGUUCCCGAAUUAUCACAGAACAUACCGAAGCCUCGAUCAGGACGUCCUCUCAGUAUUUCACUGAAGUAAACCCACGUUGAUUAAAUGUUUGUGUCCGGAUAACUGCGUCUUGAUGGGCGUUGAAGCUUCUCCACCCGGGUUAGCUUAGCUUGCUAGCUGACGCCUUUCUCGACGCUUCGCUGAGCAGCGAUCGAGUGAGAGCGUAAAGUCUCGUGAUUAUCGUGUGAAAAUCUGUGCACAAAGUGUGAAAGAGGAGUACGAGGGGAAACUUUGUCGGACAGAGGAGAGCGAGCGACAAGCUCAACUACUGGACGCUAAUUUUAAUAAGAUGCCUCUCGAUCUGGUACACGCAGCAGACACCGUAGAAGAUCUUCACAGAUAUCCAGACGCCUCCCACAUUAAAACGGAAGAGGAGGAGGCUGAUGUCACCAACUUUCCAUUGACAGUCAUUGUGAAGAGUGAAGGCGAUUAUGAAGAAGGAAAAGAACAUGAUGGAGAUCACUGCAGAGGAGCCGGCUUCUUCGCUCAGCUAUCAGAUUGUGACGCUGUGUCAUCACAAUCACAUGACACGGAUGAUGAUGAUGAUGACGACGACGAUGAUGAUGAACACUCUAAAGGUGACAUGACGUGUCACACCGAAAAAACCCCCUGGGAAUGUUUGCAGUGUGGGACAACAUUGACCACAAAGUGGGAUUUAAAAGCGCACGUGAGGAGCCACGCAAGAGAGAAACCUUUCAUUUGCUCACUUUGUGGCAAAAGUUUCACACGUAAGGAAAAGUUGAAGAUCCACAUAAGAACGCACACGGGGGAGAAACCUUUUAUCUGCUCAGUGUGUGGCAAAAUGUUUACGCAUCAGGGACAUUUGACCUUACACAUUGGAAUGCACACUGGUGAGAAACCUUUUUCUUGUUCUAUUUGUGCCAAAAAUUUCACGCGUAAGGCACAUUUGAACAAACACAUGAAAAUACACACUGGAGAGAAACCUUUUGCCUGCUCAGUCUGCGGCUUAAGCUUCAGUGAACGCCCGGGAUUGGUUCUACACAUGCGGACGCAUACUGGCGAGAAACCGUAUUCUUGCUUAGUGUGUGGCAAAAGUUUCUCUCUGAGUCGCAAUUUGACAAGACACAGACGAAGACACACCGGUGAGAAACCAUUCUCCUGCGCUGCGUGUGACGAACGUUUCUCUUACAAGUAUCAGGUGAACAAACACGAGUGUGCCAGUCAGAAAAGCAGCAGGCAAUGAAACUGCAGAACUUUUGGAAAACACAAACUGCGACUAACCGCAAACAAACUCACAUUUUUGUGGACCAUUUUGUGGUUUUAGUAUGAUGGAAUGUAAUAAAAUCGAAAAUGCAAGUCGUCACACUGA